AUGCAGCUUGACAAAAUUCAAAAAGUUUUAGAGUGGGGUAUCAGUUUUGGAGCAACACUCUCCUCAGGCUUGCGAUUCGAAUUUGACGAGUUUGAAGGCAUAAGAUGUAUUUGUACUGAGGACGUUGAUAAUCCAGAAGUGAGAAUUCCUCGAGAUCUGGUAAUUCAUAAAGGACUUAUUAAAUCUAUAUUCCCAAGACUUGAAUUUGAAGAAUGUGAUUCCAACACCUGGAUGAAAUUUAUGGUGGCAAAGCUCAAAUUUGAUAGCGAUGAAUCGACUGUGGGAUGGCGUCAAAAGUUCGGCCCCUACAUGGAGUGCCUACCUGCCGUUGUCGAUUCCCCGCUCAUUUGGAAUCCAAGAGAAGUGAGCCUUCUGCAAGGCACUAACUUAGGUAAUUCGCUUCGAGCCAAACUGUUAAUCAUCUUCAAAGAAUGGCACGAUAUCGUCGAUAAGAAUGACAUCUUCGACAAUACUAUGAUUGCUGCUGAGUUGGCUCUUUACAGCGUAUUUCAGAGUACUAGCUAUGCUGAUAUUUACGAUGCUGUGCUUGUUGACACUAUCAAACAGACUCCAAAGGUGUGGUAUUCUUUCUCUGCUUUUCUAUGGUCACAUUUGAUCUUUCUCUCAAGAGCUUUCCCAGAAUACGUUUUGAAUAGCGAAUGUGACAGGAACUCGGUGAUACUUUUGCCCAUCAUAGAUUUGUUGAACCACAAUUACAACUCCAAAGUGGAGUGGUUUUCCAGUGAUGGUGGAUUCGGUUACAGACGUCUUGGUGCUGUUGAUAAGGGACAGCAGCUGUACAAUAACUACGGCGGAAAGGGUAAUGAGGAGUUGUUAUCCGGCUACGGUUUCCUGCUGAACGAUAAUCUGUUUAGUUCUAUAGCACUCAAGAUCAAAUUGCCCGCUGAUCAGAUUGGUAACAUCCUGAAGGAAGGAAUAAAGCUACCUACGAUGGACGACUACACCACGUACGCUUUUGAAAAGAAGCAGUCAGACUACAAUCCCACAGUGGAGCAUCCUGAGCUUGCUUUCAGAGAUGGUGUAACUUAUCUCCUCAACAAGACGAAUGAAUCUCCGCUGAAUGAUAUGUUAAGUCUAUUUUCUUAUCUGAACAAAAGCGAUAAUGAAAGAUGGGAUGAGCUAACACCACUUUUUAAAGGUUUGCACAGUCUAAGACUUGCAUUGGAACACAAACUUCAGGCUGUAAACAACAAACCAGUAGAAAUCGAAAGUGAAUCUCAUGAAAUAAAUUCUACUCGAAAAAACUACGCAACAGUUUACAGAGCUGAACAGGUGUCAAUUCUGAAGUAUGCGCUGACGCAGCUCAAAGAAAGGGAGAAGAAAUGGAUGAGCGAAAACAAGAGCAGACUGCUGACCAUGAAAAAGAUAGUCAAGUAUGAUCCAUCGUUCAUUGAUGAAGAAUUGCCAUUGUUUUUUGGGAACAGGGAUGUCAUUUUUCCAGGCUCAAGACAAUUUCUAGGCUUAUGGAUUCUCAUCAAGCGGCAGAACAAUUCUUUCCCUACAAAAUACAAAUGGGUACAAGAAAGCUACAGCGACUACAAAGCAAUGCAAACGCCGUCCGCCUUUGAUGAAGAAGCCGACCUAUUUAACACUGAUUUGAUCGUGCAAAACCAGGCCCCAGACAAGAUCACAAUUGAAGAAGCAAGAAAUGUUUACCAAUUCCUCUCGCUGAAUGCGUUCACAAGAACAGCCUCGACGGAUCAAGAGACUAUCCUGGUUAAGAGGCGAUCUUAA